GCCCGCCCGCCCGCGGCCGGCCCCGCGCGCGCGGCAGCGACUCGCAGGCGCCAUGGCGGCCGCUCGCUGCAGCGACAUGGCGGAGCCCCAGCGGCGCCUUCCCGGGCAGGCGGCGCCCGCCGAGGAGGAGGAGGAGGCGGAGGUGGCGGCGGCGGCGGCGGAGGUGGAGGUGGUGGCCGCCGCCGCCGCCGCCGCCGCCGGUGGGGCUGGAUCCUCCUCGUCAUCGUCGCCGCCGCCGCCGCCUUCGUCCUCGGCCGCGGCGGAGCCGGAGCCGCUGCUGCUGCUGAACGGCGAGGCGGAGAGCAUGUCGGAGCCGAGCCCGGAGAGCGCCAGCCAGGCCGGGGACGGGGAGGACGAGGACGAGGAGGAGGAAGAGGAGGAGGAGGAGGGCGGCGAGGAGGAGGAGAGCAGCCUGGUGGGCAGCAGCAGCAGCAGCAGCAGCACGAGCAGCGGCUGCUGCAGCGACGAGACCCGCUCGCCGAGCCCCGGCGGCGGCAGCGAGGCCGACGCCAAGGAGGAGCCCAAGGGCCCCCGGGGCAGCCAGGAGGACGGGCCGGGCCGCGGCGGCGGCGGGGGCGGCAGCAGCUCCAGCAGCGUGUCCAGCGGCGGCGACGAGGGCUACGGCACCGGCCCCGGCACGGGCGGCGGCAGCAGCUGCGGCAGCGCCACGUCGGGCGGCCGGCGGGGCAGCCUGGAGAUGUCCUCGGACGGCGAGCCCCUCAGCCGCAUGGACUCGGAGGACAGCAUAAGCAGCACUAUCAUGGACGUAGACAGCACAAUUUCCAGUGGGCGUUCCACGCCAGUGAUGAUGAAUGGACAGGGAGUUCCUGCCUCCUCUGCCAAAAGCAUUGCCUAUAACUGCUGCUGGGAUCACUGCCACGCCUGCUUCAGCUCCAGCCCGGACUUGGCGGAUCACAUUCGCUCCAUCCACGUGGAUGGGCAGCGAGGAGGGGUGUUUGUUUGCUUGUGGAAAGGUUGCAAAGUAUAUAAUACACCUUCAACAAGUCAAAGUUGGUUGCAGAGGCAUAUGCUGACACACAGUGGGGACAAACCUUUCAAGUGUGUAGUUGGUGGGUGCAAUGCCAGCUUUGCAUCUCAGGGAGGACUUGCCCGUCAUGUGCCCACACACUUCAGCCAGCAGAACUCUUCAAAAGUUGCCAGCCAGCCAAAGGCCAAAGAGGAAUCUCCAUCUAAAGCUGGAAUGAAUAAAAGAAGAAAAUUGAAGAACAAGAGACGACGAUCACUACCAAGACCUCAUGACUUCUUUGAUGCACAAACACUGGAUGCUAUAAGACAUCGAGCCAUCUGCUUUAACCUCUCAGCACAUAUAGAAAGUUUAGGAAAAGGCCACAGUGUUGUAUUUCAUAGUACUGUAAUAGCUAAAAGAAAAGAAGAUUCUGGCAAAAUAAAACUCUUGCUUCAUUGGACACCAGAGGACAUUCUGCCUGAUGUGUGGGUAAAUGAAAGUGAGCGACAUCAGUUAAAAACUAAAGUAGUUCAUUUAUCAAAACUACCAAAAGAUACUGCCUUGCUUCUGGACCCAAACAUUUACAGAAAUUCUAGUAAAGGAGGUACAUACAGUGGAAUCCUGAAAGAUCACUUCUGUUAAGAUCACAUACUGAACAAUGCCCCAGAAGAGGUUGAAGAGGUAAAAACCAAGCAAGUGGGGACACCUGCAGUCUUAGUCACUGACAAUGGAUUUAGAAAUAAAGUUGCACAUUAGUCAAAUCCCA